AUGAUGUUGAUGGUUGGGGGUGAUGAUGGUGACGAUGAAGAUGACGCUCUCGAGGACGAUGACAAUGACGAUGACUAUGACGAUGACGAUGACGAUGAAGAUGACGAUGACAAUGAUAGUGACGAUGUUGAUGAUGAUGACGAUGACGAUGAUAAUUAUGACGAUGAGGAUGAUGAUAAUGAAGAUGAUGACGAUGAAGAUGACGAUGACGAUUACGACGUCUAUGUCGAUGAUGAUUACAAUGGCGAUGACGAUGUCGAGCGUGACGGUGUCGAUGAUGAUGAUUUUGAUGACGAUGACGAUGACGAUGUUAAUGAUGACAACGAGGAUGAUGAUGAUGAUGACGAUGAUGAUGAUGAUGGCCAUGACGAUGACGAUGUCGAGGACGAUGACAAUUACGAUGACGAUGACGAUGAUGGUGACGAUGUUGAUGAUGAUUAG